AUGACAUCCCUUCUAAAAGAUUCAAUUAACGUGAUGGGGGAUCCUAACAAAGAGGACUUAGAUGGUGUUCUAGUAACGGAGGAUUCAGGAGAGCCAGCCACUAAAGAGUCAUCAAUAUCUUUGAAGGCGUCAAUUCAGGAUUGGUGGAACGGGCUGUAUAGUCUAUUUGGAAGUAGCAUACUGAAUAUUGAAGCUUCCAGGAGAAAGAAUAGGCGAAUAGAAUAUGAUUUGUUCCGUGCAAUGCUUUCGGAUGAUAUUUUUAUAAAGAACCCUGAUAUCGAAAAUGAGACAGAUACAUCUGAUUUAAAGGAGGGCAAACUUUACAGUGAGUUAAAGGACGUUGAAGUGGAACCUGGUGUAUUUAUUCACGAAUUUUAUCUUGAGAAUAACUUAGAAUGCGUUCCAGAAUCAGACGAAAUACAUAUAGUUAUGAUUCACGGGUACAUGGCUGCACUAGGCUAUUAUAUUAAGAACGUGGAAUCCUUGUUGAAAUCGAGACCAGGAGUAAGAAUACACGCGAUAGACUUAAUUGGUUUCGGAAACUCCUCAAGACCCAAAUUCCCACCCGAAUUUUUGAAAACAACUAAGAAUAAGGAGGAAGAAAUAGAUCAAAUAAUUGCGAUUGAAAACUGGUUUAUUGACAAGAUAGAAAAUUGGAGAAAGAAAAGAAACAUAAGAACUUUCAAAUUGAUAGGCCAUUCAAUGGGAGCGUACUUAUCCUGCUGCUAUUUGAUGAAAUAUAACAACCAGUAUAAGAAAGUCGAUGAGAGCCAAUCCCCGAUUGUUGAGGAAGUCAUACUUGUUAGUCCAAUGGGAACAGAAUCGAAUCCCCAUAGUUUACUUAAUGAAAAGAAUUACGAAUUUACUACUCAUGAGAGUGGAGGAGAUCCGUUUAAGGAACUAAUUACGAAGCAAGGUGAUAGUAUUGAGCACGAUGAACUAAUUAAAUUAUGGGAGAAAUUAGGGCAACCUAGAUUCCCUAAGAAUUUUAUACUAAAAACUUUGUGGGAACAUAGUAUUUCACCAUUUCAAGUUCUUCAAAAAUUCGGGCCGCUAUACUCCAAAAUCCUUUCCUAUUGGUCCUUUCAAAGAUUCAGGAACCUCAAAUCAGAGACAGGCGAGCAAUCUAUAGAUUUAAUCUUGAAGUUGCAUGAUUAUUCUUUUUCUAUCUUCAACCAAUUUCAAGGAUCAGGCGAGUUAGCAAUUACCAAAUUGAUCAACCAUGAAAUUUUAGCGAGGUUGCCUUUAAGUGAUCGAGGAUUUGUUCAUUUUGUGAUUUCCUCCAAUCUCAAAGUUCUCUGGCUCUAUGGCGACAAAGAUUGGAUGAACGACAAAGGCGGUCGUCAUAUUCAUGAAGAAAUAGCUAAAAAAAAUAAAAACUUAUCUGAAUUUGAAGUAAUAGAGAAUGCUGGGCAUCAUAUAUAUCUAGAUAAUCCGCCUGCUUUUAAUGAAGCCUGCUUGAAGUUUUUUGGCUUAGAUAAAUCUUAG